ACCCCCCCACAGAGAGCUGGACUGUGGGGGCAGUCACAAUGAAGGCUGUGUGGAUGUUGAGGAGGUUUCUGAGCACGCUGGAACUUUUGAGUUGUGGAAUAAAAAAGUUUUUCUGAUCUCUUUUGGGGUUUUCCCGCUUUUCCACUUCUUGCUUUAGAUACCUGUGGAAAGGUUUUCUUUUCUUUUUCCUUCUGAUCUGCAUGCGUUUUUGCUUGUGGCAGGAUGUUCAUUGGUUUAGGAAUGUUCUCCUGGACUUAGGAUGACCCCGCAGCAGAAGACCGGCCCCAGCUCGAAAGCAACCAGCGAUGAGAUGAGGAUGUCUCUGCUACAAGACAGAGAGAAGAAAAUGAAAAGUGCGGUUCCAAGAAGACGUUCUGCCUCCUUGGCAUUGACAAAGGCCUUGGGCAAAUCCAGAGCGCAAAGCAGCAGGGACAGUGUCAUUUGCCCAUCUGCAAACAGUAGCAGCUUGAUCCAUGCCAUUUCAUCGCGGGGCGCAGUCUUCAUUAUGGAUGAUCAUGUGCACCUCACCACGGGUCUGCAGACACAGGACAGACACCUGUUCCUCUUCAGUGACACCCUCAUUAUCGCCAAGUCAAAGUCGUCAUCUAGUCUGAAGUUGAAGCAGCAGGUACGACUUUGUGAGGUGUGGCUCGCAUCCGGCGUGCAUGAGGUCGCCGAGAGGAAGCUGAACCCCAAUAACUCCUUUGUCAUUGGUUGGCCAACCACCAACUGUGUGGUCACUCUCAGCUCAUCUGAAGCUAAGGAGAGAUGGCUUUCCGCUUUACAAUGGCAUAUACAUAAAUUGAAACAAGAGGAAUAUCCUAAUAAGAUUGCCAUAAAAAUCAUGUUGCUGGCAUCUGGAAACACAACAUCAACAACCACAAUACAAGUGAACAAUAUGGACACGACUGAGACGGUGAUAAAGGCCUCAGCAGAGAAACUUGGAAUAAGUGGCAGGCCGAUUGACUACCGUCUCUGGGUAAUUUCUGGGAAAGAGGAACCUCCAUAUCCACUUAUCGGCCACGAGCAUCCCUUCAGCAUCGCUAUGAACUGCCUGCGGGACUCAGUGGAGCAACCUCAUUUGGCCAACAACAACAUUCUAGCUGCAGACGGGACUCUGGACCUGGAACAACUGCCCAAGGAGCAGCAGGUCCAGUUCAUCCUCAAACUGAGACCAUCAGUGCCCAGCCACAUCCCAUCAGACUCGUUUCAGAAACACUUCAGAAGGAAACGGUCGCUGAUCGACUGGGCCCUGAGACGAGGAAAUACGAGCCGAUGCAGCAAUCAAUCGGAUUCUCCUACUAACCCCCGAAAACUAUUUGGCCACUCAUUGACAUCAGUCUGUCAUAAUGGGAACCUGCCAAAACCCAUCUUGGACAUGCUGUACCUGCUGUACCACGAAGGCCCGAGAACUAAAGGGAUUUUUAGACGUUCUGCCAACGCAAAGACCUGCAAGGAGCUGAAGGAACGGCUGAACUCAGGGGACGCCGUUGAGGUGGAAGGGGAGUCUGUCUUCGUUGCAGCAUCUGUCAUCACUGAUUUUCUUCGCAAUGUCCCCGAAAGUGUCCUUUCCACAGAGUUGUAUGAAAAGUGGAUGGACAUCCUGGACAUUGAUGGACAUGAUGAAAAGACUGAGGCUAUAAAAGGGCUGUUGGAUCAGCUGCCUGAAGCCAACAUGACACUCCUGCGCCACCUUUUCGGUCUCCUUCACCACAUACAGGAGAACUCAGAGGAGAACCAGAUGAAUGCGUUCAACUUGGCACUCUGUAUAGCUCCCAACAUGCUGUGGCAGCCCGUGCCCACCGGACCUGAGGAGGAGAGCAAGUCCACAAGAAAGGUGGCCAGUCUUGUUCAGAUCUUGAUUGAAAACACCCCAGCCAUAUUUGGAAAUGAUACCGAGUCCCUGUUCACAAACCUAAACAACCAGGAAGUAACUUUGGAGGAUGCUGUCGAUGAUUUUUCUGGCCAGCUUUACUCUUCCGACGAGUUUGAUUCUGAACAGGAGAGACUGAAGGGUAUUCAAAGUCCAAAGAGGGAUUCCUGUUUUCUGCCAGUCAAUUAUCUCUUCAUGAAGCAGGAGAAGGAGAUCUGGAGUCUUCUGGAUGAGAUGGACAUUUUCCCGAAGCACCAGGAGGGUGGGAUGGAGGACAAUACCCAUAGCUGUGAGGACUUGGAAGACAUGUCUUUCCACUCCACCGGCUCCAUCUGCUCCCUGAUGGAGGGGCAGGGCAUCCAGUCAUCCCGUGGUCGCUGCUUGUCCGAGCCCAGCGUCUGCCAGACUUCACAGCUCUACCCCCAGUCCCACACCCCCGUUGCCCGGCAGUCCAGCUGCGAUGCCGCUGUCAUGCGUGAUCAGACGAACCAAACACAGAAUGUGCAAAAGCUGCGCCUGGAGGGAACUCGGGAACCCACUGUGGACUCUAGCCCCAGGAUGAGCAGCCGACCCAAAUAUUCCUUUUGGCGGUCACCCCAAAUCCCAUCCAGGUUCAGGAACCACGGACACAGGCUCACACUGUCCAGCAGAUCCAGCUUCUCCAGCCUCUCAUCCACAGCAACCUCACCCUCUGUUUCUUCUCUGAGCUCUCUGGACAGCACCUUCUCAUACUGCUCUGAUUCUGCCUUCAGUCCUGGAGACAUCUCUGCCUUGCCUUUCCUGUUCGGGACAUCAGCAAGGCUGCAUCCAUCUCCCCUCGAAGGCCCCACUAAGUUCGCCAAAGACUGGACACCAUCAGGGUCAAUGACCAGAGAACCAACUCAAACAUUCAGCUGGUACAACGAGUACGAUGAGCAGGAUGAGGACAACACAGCAGGAAUAGGUGAAAGCCAUGACAUCGAUCUUGAGGCAGAUCCAAGUCAGAGCAGCAGCCUCACCAGAAGUGACCAGGUGUCUUGCUCUGAGGUUGAUGAAGCCAAUGUAGACUUAGGACACGCAGAUGUGAUGGUCCACCAGGUGAGCCAGGUUGAUCACACAGAUGAAGUAACCAAGGCUUCCGAGCCCAAAUCACAGUCACAUGAGACCUCCAUCAAACACAUACAGCUGAUGAGGCCCGAUGGCUCGAGUUUUGGCAAAGAGAAGGUGAAGAGAACAAAGAUCACUUUCUACAUCGCUUCCAACAAAGUGACAGUGCAGAAAGAGCAGAUGGCCCCAGUGACCGAAGGGAAGGGCAUUUCGGUGAGGGUGUCCAAAGCUGGCACUGAACCUCCUGGACCUAUACAGUCACCAAGCCAAACAGUUCAGGUCCACAUACCCCAGACUGUAUUCUACGGCCAAACCACUCCUCUGGUUCUGCAAUCUGUUUCAACGAAGCAGUCCACAAUGCCUAAAGAAAACGCAAAAACAGAUGCCUCAGCUGAUCUGCCACCCACGAUCCCAGCAGAGAGCUGUUCUUCCACAGCAGCAUCUUCUAAAAGCCUCACUAGGGCUGGCAACACAAUAAAGCAUACGAUAAGGAUAAGGCUUCCAGCGGCUGUCAAAAGUACCGUUAAGGAAUAUUUCAGUCACACCGACAGCAAGGGCUGCCAGUCUGACUCCAAAGCCGUUGAGAAGGAACUGCUGAGAAGUAAACUGGAGUGGCAAAGUAAAAGUCUAACAGGGACACCUAAAGAAAACUUUGGUAAACUGUCCAACGGAGAAGAGUCUUUUGUUUAACUGUAAAUAUGUACAUUGCGGCGGGUUGUUUUCGUAUAUGACAACGGCAUUGUAUCCCCAGUAUGAGCUGCACUUUUUGUGCUAUGGUAUUGUAAAGGAAAAACAAAAUGUACUGUAAGGCAAUGCAAAGACUGGCUGUACAACACUUUUUGUUGAGACAAUGUCACCAAAACAGUUUAUAUUUUAAGGGCACACACUCACUGGUUCUGUAGACAUAUACAUAUUUUUUUCCAGCAAGAAAUAUUUAUUUUUGUAUUCCAGAACAGUCAUUUAUGUGGGUAUUUUGUUAAAUAUGUGUCUCGCUAGGCUGAUUCUCAGAUGCUGCAGUCACACUUACAAUCAUUAUGUCUCCGUGAAGAAAACCUGAGUUUUAAAAAUAUAUUUUUUUCAAAACACUGUUUUACUCAAAGAAACUGCUUUAUCCAAAUUGCAUAUGAAAUCCUUUGUGGAAAGAAUCCAUAUAAGUGAAUUUACCUUUUUUUAUUUAUCAUUACUUAUUUAUGUAAAAGAGUAAUAUGUAGUAUUAAAGUAAAAGGUAGUCUUUUUCAGGUACAUGCAGAUCGGCAUGCUGGCGGAGUCAGGAACAUGUAAGAAAAUCCAGGGAAGUAAGAAAGGCUGAAAGAUGAGUGGAAGUGAGAGAUGAGGACAUUAUGAAAGUAUAUAUGGUGGAAUGGAAGACAAUCAGGGUAAAUGUGGUUUGGUCAUAUGUAUUGGUGUGGAGACACACCCCCUCCAAAGGGGCACAAAAGCAUCAUUUAGGCCAGAUGUAUCCAAUCUCAGCAGUGCAGAAAUCUGAGAAAAAAUAUAUAUAAAUUUUGACUGGUUUCACAAUGAAAAAUGCAAGAUAGAAAAAUACAAAGGCAGGAAUACGUGUGACUGAAGAAACAAAACAGAACUGAGAGUAAAUGUUUUUACUGCGGUAAUCUUUCAUGUCAAGGGUUAUUUUGGCGUUUGUGAAUGUUUAAUGAAUAGUUUCAUAAAAGCAUGUGUUCCUGGUCCCAGUGGGUACAAAUUCUUACAAUGUGACGUAUAUUUUGAACCCAUGAGUGCUGAGCACUUAUAGGACCUUUCUAAGAGUUUCCUCAAAAGAAAUUUAAGGCUGCGAAGAAGACGUUCCUUCUGCGUUUGGAAAGUCAUGCAGAUUUUGACUUUCACUUUUUUCACACUUUUUCACAUGUCCUUGUUCUUGGGUUGCAUCAUUGAAAAAUAAAAUUUUCACCAACAAAAUUAAAUUACGUCUGAUUUUCCUGGUAUGCAGGUUACUGUUGCAUCAUUCAUAAAUAAAAUAUUCACCAAGAAAAUUAAAUUAUUUCUCAUUUGUCUGCUACAUGGGCUCUCCAGAUCACAUCGCUGUCAUGCCCUUUCUUUCUGUUAAUUAAUCAUUCAGUUUAAAACAUUAAAAUAUUUCAGCAUUUUCAUUAUAGAAACUAUAAGGCGCUAAAUGAAAAUCAAAAGUACAGUUUCACAGUGGUCUUGCAUGGCCUUAGUUUUCAGCAGCAUGUUAGCUGAAUCCUACACUUCACGAAUUGUAACGAGCAGGUGGUGACAAGAAGGUUGAUGGUUCAAAUCUUUUCAG